AUGGAUGGGGUCCACCACUCCCCUAUGAACGAGAAGAUCGUGCGCUUGACAUCCAUGUUCUUGAAUCAACUGCAUAUCGACGUUUGGAGGCCCAGGGAAUCUGUGACACAGGGAUUAUCCCGCGAUGUCCAGGGACUCAAUCCAAAACUAUGUCAGCCUCACUUGAGAAAGCUUCUUGGGGGUGAAAACCCACCAAGGAUUAUAUUCCCAGAGUACAUUCCAAACAUGGAGAUGAUCAAUCUUGGCAACUAUAUAGAAACAUGGAUGAACAAUCUUCUGGGUAUCCGUGAGAUUCACAAAGCAGGUGAACAGCUGGGUGAUAUCGAGCCCAGGGACAUGCUCAUUGUCAAAUAUGACCCCAGUCCUGACCGGGUUGUGUGA